CCGAGAAGAGGAUCAAGAGAAGCGCCGUACUUCGACGGCAGCAAGCUUGAGGAACUUCCGCGGUUCUUUGAAGACAUCGAGAUGUUAGCUGCCGACUUCCAGAAGGAUGCCGAGUGGAUGUGCAAGCAAGUGACGUACUACGCAGCGACGAGCUGUAGCAGUUUGUGGGCUACCGUGCCCGAGUUGAAGAAGAAAGGAGCGCGCGAUUGGAGCAUCGUGAAAGAGGAGAUCAGAAAGCUCUAUCCGGAGCUGAUCGAUGGUCAACGCUACACGAGAGCCAAUAUCACGCGACUAGUCGAUGUGCAGAGUGAGAAGGAAAUGACGGUGCAGACAGAGUUUGGCCGCUACCGCCGCGAGUUCCAGGUGCAAGCAGAGUACUUGAAGGAGCAAGGGAAGAUGUCAGCACGCGAGUUAGACUGUGAGUUCUGGAGAGGGAUCAGAGGGACGCUGAGGACGAACCUGACGCGACGACUGGAGAUUCUCUAUGUGGACAAGGAUGCGAGCGAGCCGUUCAAAUUCGCCGAUGUAGUCAGGCUAGCGGACCACGUUCUUCUAGCAGGGCAGACAGAGGCAGGCCGAGACCAGACAGUGACGCUAGCGACAGUAAAGCUGAACGACGAAUUGGAGACUGAGAGCUUACUGGACCAGGGAGCUGUUAUGAACGUGAUGCGCGAAGACGUUUGGAAACGCUUGGGAGUACCAAAGGAGCGAGUGCGGACGAACCUCAGGCCAGCAAAUGCAGGAUCAAUUGCAAUCGAAGGUGUCAUUCCGAGACUCAAGGUGUCAGUAGGUGGAAUAUCAAUGGUGAUGCCGGUUCAUGUAGUGAAGGACACAACGUUCGACAUGAUAAUCGGGAGGCCGUUCUUCGCGUUAACUGAGUGCGAGACGAAGGAUUUCAAGGACGGUAAUCAGAUUUUGACCUUG